AAAUAGCACAGCAUUUCUCCACACUUCCACCACAAAACAUUUUGUUAGUGAAUUAUAUUACCAACCAUACCGCUUUAGCUUCGUCUCUCACCAAACUCAUCAACAGCUAUGGGCAAGGACAUUGAAGUUGGAGGCGAAUUCAGUGCCAAGGACUAUCAUGACCCUCCGCCAGCGCCAUUGAUCGAUGCUGAGGAAAUAACCCAGUGGUCUUUUUAUCGGGCUAUUAUUGCUGAGUUCGUUGCCACGCUCUUGUUUCUGUACAUCACUGUUUUGACCGUGAUAGGUUACAAGAGCCAGACUGACGUUAAUAAAAACGGUGAUGAAUGUGGUGGGGUUGGCAUUCUUGGCAUCGCUUGGGCCUUUGGUGGCAUGAUUUUUAUUCUUGUUUACUGCACUGCUGGUAUCUCAGGUGGACAUAUUAACCCGGCUGUGACUUUCGGUUUGUUCUUGGCUAGGAAGGUCUCCUUGGUGCGUGCCAUUCUAUACAUGGUGGCUCAGUGCCUGGGGGCCAUAUGUGGAUGUGGACUUGUGAAAGCAUUCCAAAAGUCUUAUUACACAAACUACGGUGGUGGAGCCAAUGGACUUGCUAACGGAUACAGCAAGGGAACUGGGUUAGGUGCUGAGAUCAUCGGCACCUUUGUUCUUGUCUACACUGUUUUCUCUGCUACCGACCCCAAGAGGAAUGCAAGGGAUUCUCAUGUUCCUGUACUGGCACCACUUCCCAUUGGAUUUGCUGUCUUCAUGGUUCACUUGGCCACUAUUCCAAUCACCGGUACUGGUAUCAACCCUGCUAGGAGCUUCGGAGCUGCGGUGAUCUACAACAAGGAAAAGGCAUGGGAUGACCAUUGGAUUUUCUGGGUUGGACCUUUCAUUGGUGCUGCAAUUGCUGCAUUAUAUCACCAGUUCAUCUUGAGAGCAGCUGCUGUUAAAUCCCUUGGAUCCUUCCGGAGCUCUCCCAACAUAUAAUAUUUCCGUUCAGUUAUGGAGCGUACGCCAAAGAUUCAACUAGUCCAAAAGGAUCUGGGACUGGCCAAUAUGUACAUUAUUCAGUCCAGGUCUAAGAUAUCAACGUUAUGUCAUGGUUGUGUCCUUGGGCACUUGUUUUAUUUAUGCUCAAAUAUUUUCACCUUCUCUGUCCUUGAGUUUUUCUUUUUGGUCAAUAUGUAGUCAAUAUGUAGUGUUGAUGAAUCAAUCAGCAAGUGCUCUGUGUUAGUCUUGAAUAAUUUCGAUCCCUCUAAUCUCUUCUCUUGAUAUCAGGGAAGGAAAUUCACGACUCACUGUUUUACUA